CUGAGGUGAAGCACUGCACAAAGUUGCUGUGAAGUCUUUGUCUGCGGCUUAUGAUGCUGAAGGCACUUUGCUUGUAGGCAGAUACUAAGGUUGCUUAGAAAACAGCUGCCUUCUCUCUCUACUUUAAGCAGUUGUUUAUACAAGAAGCAGGUUGAUUUGGAGAAGAACUAACAAGCCUGUUGCCUGUCAAGUUUUCCGGGUUUGGAUGAGCUACCUCCAGUAGUAGUGACAGAGGUGUGAGGCAGCGAGACCCACACCAAACACCCCACCCCCGACCCCUCACACCACCCCGCCAGCCAUGCCGCCGCCGGCAGACAUCGUCAAGGUGGCCAUUGAGUGGCCGGGGGCCUUCCCCAAGCUCAUGGAGAUAGACCAGAAAAAGCCUCUCUCAGCCAUCAUUAAAGAAGUGUGCGAGGGGUGGUCCUUGGGGAGCCAUGAAAACUUUGCACUGCAGAUUGCUGACGCAACAAAUUUCUAUAUCACAGAAAAGAAUCGCAAUGACAUUAAGAAUGGCUCAAUUCUGCGCUUGACCACCUCUCCUUACCAGACUGCAGUCCAGCUUCAUGAACGGAUCCAGUCAUCCAGCAUGGAUGCCAAGCUGGAGGCUUUGAAGGACCUGGCCAAUGCGUCGCGCGACAUCACCUUCGCCCAAGAGUUCAUCAACCUGGACGGCAUCUCCCUGCUCACUCAGAUGGUGGAGAGUGGGACUGAGCGCUAUCAGAAACUACAGAAGAUUAUGAAACCCUGUUUUGGCGACCUGCUGUCCUUCACUCUGACGGCCUUCGUGGAGCUGAUGGACCAUGGCAUCGUCUCCUGGGACACCUUCUCUGUGGCCUUCAUCAAGAAGAUUGCCAGUUAUGUGAACAAGUCAGCCAUGGACACAGCAGUGCUGCAGCGGUCCCUGGCCAUCCUAGAGUCUAUGGUGCUCAACAGUCAGGAUCUUUACCACAAGGUGGCGCAAGAGAUCACCAUUGGACAGCUCAUCCCCCAUCUUCAGGGGACUGAUCAAGACAUUCAGACCUACACUAUUGCUGUCAUCAAUGCUCUUUUUCUCAAAGCUCCUGAGGAGAAGAGACAGGAGAUGGCCCACAUUCUUGCCCAGAAACAGCUGCGCUCCAUCAUUCUCAGUAAUGUGAUCCGGAGCCCCAUACCCAUCAAUGAUGAGAUGGCCCACCAGCUGUACGUGCUGCAGGUGCUUACCUUCAACCUGCUGGAGGACCGCAUGAUGACCAAGAUGGAUCCCCAGGACCAGGCUCAGAGAGACAUCAUCUUUGAGCUGCGGAGAAUUGCCUUCGACGUGGAGUGCGAGCCCAACAACAGUGGCAGCAUCGAGAAACGCAAGUCCAUGUACACCCGUGACUACAAGAAGCUCGGCUUUAUUAGAAGACAAGCACGAGUGUCCGUUUGGCCGCAGCAGUAUCGAGCUGACCAAGAUGCUCUGUGAGAUUCUGAAAGUGGGCGAACUCCCCAGUGAAAACUGCCACGACUUCCACCCCAUGUUCUUCACCCACGAUCGCUCCUUCGAGGAAUUCUUCUGCAUCUGCAUCCAGCUGCUCAACAAAACCUGGAAGGAGAUGAGAGCCACAAGUGAAGACUUCAACAAGGUAAUGCAGGUGGUGAGGGAGCAGAUUAUGCGAGCACUCACUCUCAAGCCUAAUUCCCUGGACCAGUUCAAGAGUCGCCUGCAGAACCUGAGCUACACAGAGAUCCUGAAGAUACGCCAGUCCGAAAGGAUGAAUCAAGAAGACUUCCAGUCCCGACCUAUCCUUGAGCUGAGAGAGAAAAUCCAGCCCGAGAUCAUGGAGUUGAUCAAACAGCAGAGGCUCAACAGGUUGUGUGACGGAACCUGCUUCAGGAAAAUCAGCAGUCGCAGGAGGCAAGAUAAGUUUUGGUAUUGCCGUCUGUCUCCGAAUCAUAAAGUCCUGCACUAUGGAGAUUUGGAAGAGAGCCCUCAGGGUGAAGUGCCCCACGACUCUUUACAGGACAAAUUGCCUGUGGCUGAUAUCAAAGCUGUUAUCACCGGCAAAGACUGUCCUCACAUGAAGGAGAAGGGAGCCCUGAAGCAAAACAAGGAGGUGUUAGAGCUGGCCUUCUCUGUCCUCUAUGAGUCCGACGAGUAUUUAAACUUUAUUGCUCCUGACAAGAAUGAGUACUGCGUGUGGACAGAUGGUCUAAACGCCCUCCUGGGUAAGGAGAUGACCAGUGAUUACACCAAAUCUGAUAUGGACACCCUCCUCUCCAUGGAGAUGAAGCUGCGUCUCUUGGAUCUAGAGAACAUCCAGAUUCCUGAGGCCCCGCCCCCGAUUCCCAAAGAACCUAGCAACUAUGACUUUGUUUACGACUGUAACUAGACGGAAAUCCCCACGAGCCCAAACCCAAACCCACCCAGUACCUACUGUACUCACUGGACCUAUCCCCUUUUCUUACAAACUGGAACAAAAACAAAUAAAACACAUAAUAUAAAAAAAUUAACUGUGAUUGAAAGAAAAAGGAUCUAUUCAACUAUUUUCCUCUUGCUUCUUGCUAGACCUUUAUAAGAGAGAAAAUGUUGCAUAUGAAUAGGCUCACUGCACUUGGGGGACUCUGGGUCGAUGCAGAGUCAUCAGAUUGCCAUGGAGAGGAGAAACCAGUAAGUCUUUGGUUGGUCGUUCUGCGUCUUCUUCCUCACUCUCCUCCCGUGUCUGAUGUUUUGAAACAUUCACUUCUUCUUAUCGGCCGAGGCGCCAGCUGUCAUUUUGCUUGAAAAUUGUUGUAGACCAAUGCUUAGAAAUUCUAAUUUGAUUCAGCUUCUUUGUUGUCCUUUCCUAUGUUGACUUUAUUAUUUUUCCUCAGGGCUUUUGUUGGGGGAGGGAUGAUGGUUGUGUAGUUCAGGAGCAGGGAGGGACGGGGUUUUGUGUUUCGUCGUCAACUUUCAAGAAGUAUUUCUCACUUACAGUAUUUGUGACAGCUAGAAGUUUCAUAAGAGGAUGGAAGGAAGGUUUAAUUACAUUUUAAGAUGAACACUUCAUGAAAAUAGUCUCUUAUAUCCACUCUGUCCUGCUACACAUAUACCGAAGACUGUUAGAAUAAGUCGCUCCUCAAAAUCAAGGCACUGUACUACAGUAAAAAGCCUUUCUUUUAAAUAUUCUAAUGUUAAUUUCAUCAUCCCACUGCUGCUUAUGUGCAUAUUGUACACACCUUACACAGUGGCUUUGCCAAAUAAAACCAUAAAAACACCACCAUUGUGAAACACAUACAAACACACACUCGUCUCUCCCUCAUUUGAGUCUCUCUCGUUGUAAUGACUGCUGUACACAACAUUCCUAAGCAAUAUUUGAGCUUUUUUUUGUUUAUCAUUUGUAAAAUGGUCAUAAUUUUGUGAUUUUAAAAUUGUGAAACUGCCAAGUAGUUGGUAUUACAAUUUAGAGGAUGUUAGUGUUUUGGUCAAGGGAAGUUGUCUUUUUUUUGUGUGUGUUCAAGACUAUAUGGCCACAAAAUUUAAAGUUUAUGUAUUUUUUUAAUUUAAAAACAGAUCAUGGUUGUUAUUUCUAGUAUGAUUUAUAUAUUUUCCCCUUCCUAUUUAAUACCUUCAGAUGUUUUUUCUUUAGGAUUUUUCAAAGCUCCUCAAAACUGCUGUUUACAUUAAAGAGUUAAGACCCA